CUCACAACUUCCUUCCUGCUUUCCUCCCCCAAGCCUCCGCCUUUCUCCCUCCUCCCUCCUCCACCCCCCCAACUUUUCUUUCUUUUUUUUUUUUAAUCGUACACUGAACAAACACUGAAGUAGCCCGGAGCAGACACUGACAGGGGCAGUAUCUCCACGGCCGAAAAGGGCGUGCAGGGCCGGCUUUGCGUCGCCACUGCCGGGAACGCCGGGCCCCUGAACCGAAGAGCUUUCCCUCUCUCUUUCGCACUCCUCUUUUUUGUCUUCCAUAGCUUGUGAGAAAAUAAUUUCUGAGCAUUUUUACCUUUAAAGCCAUCUCGUCCCUACGAGGUCUGCGCCUCUGGGCACGUAGUCUACACAGGACCUGAGAAUCUGAUAACUGCAGCCGCACGGUUGUUUAUGGAGCUUUGGGCGGGGGCUGAGCCCGCGGUCGUGCCCCCAGCCCGCCGCCCAGGCCAUGCUGCCCCAUCUGCGCGCGGACCCGCGGCUGCCGGGCCUCCGGGGCUGAGCCGGGAGCGCCGGGAGGAGGAGGCGCCGGCGGCAGAGCAGGAGCGGGAGCCGCGGCGGCGGGCAGCGCGGGACCCAGUACUAUGGCUAUGUACUGCUAUGCGCUCAACAGCCUGGUGAUCAUGAAUAGCGCCAACGAGAUGAAGAGCGGCGGCGGCCCGGGGCCCAGUGGCAGCGAGACGCCCUCGCCCCCGGGGAGGGCCGUGCUGAGCCCCGGCAGCGUUUUCAGCCCCGGGAGAGGCGCCUCUUUCCUCUUCCCCCUAGCCGAGUCGCUGUCGCCCGAGGAGCCCCGGAGCCCCGGGGGCUGGCGGAGCGGCCGGCGCAGGCUGAAUAGUAGCAGCGGCAGUGGCAGUGGCAGCGGCAGCAGCGGCAGCAGCGUGAGCAGCCCAAGUUGGGCUGGUCGCCUGCGAGGGGACGGGCAGCAGGUGGUGGCAGCCGGUACCCUCUCCCCGCCGGGGCCGGAGGAGGCCAAGAGGAAGCUGCGGAUCCUGCAGCGCGAGUUGCAGAACGUGCAGGUGAACCAGAAAGUGGGCAUGUUUGAGGCGCACAUCCAGGCACAGAGCUCCGCCAUUCAAGCGCCCCGCAGCCCGCGUUUGGGCAGGGCUCGCUCUCCCUCCCCGUGCCCCUUCCGCAGCAGCAGUCAGCCCCCUGGAAGGGUCCUGGUUCAGGGCGCCCGGAGCGAGGAACGGAGGACAAAGUCCUGGGGGGAGCAAUGUCCAGAGACUUCAGGAACCGACUCCGGGAGGAAAGGAGGGUCCAGCCUAUGCCCCUCGCAGGUGAAGGAAGGAAUGCCACCUCUUCCCGGCCGGGCUGCCCCUACAGGCUCAGAGGCCCAGGGUCCAUCCGCUUUUGUAAGGAUGGAGAAGGGUAUCCCUGCCAGUCCCCGCUGUGGCUCACCCACAGCUAUGGAAAUUGACAAAAGGGGCUUUCCUACCCCGGGAACUCGGAGCCGCCUAGCUCCCUCAUCGGGGCUGGUCGGAGCUAACUUAACGAUGGCCACAGAAGUGGCAGCGAGAGCUACAUCCACUGGGCCACACCGUCCACAGGAUCUUGCCCUCACUGAGCUGUCUGGGAGAGCCCGUGAGCUUGAGGACCCGCAGUCCCCAGAGGCCCUGGUGGAGAGGCAGGGGCAGUUUCUGGGCAGUGAGACAAGCCCAGCCCCAGAAAGGGGCGGCCCCCGCGAUGGAGAACCCCCUGGGAAGAUGGGGAAAGGAAAUCUGCCCUGUGGCAUGCCGGGCUCUGGGGCGCCUGAAGUGGGCAAAAGUCCAGAGGAGACGACUGUGAGCGUGCAAAGCGACGAGUCCUCUGAUGCCCUGAGCUGGUCCAGGCUGCCCAGAGCCCUGGCCUCCGUAGGCCCUGAGGAGGCCCGAAGUGGGGCCCCCGUGGGCGGGGGGCUUUGGCAGCUCUCCGACAGACUGGAGGGAGGGUCCCCAACGCUGGGCUUGCUUGGGGGCAGCCCCUCAGCACAGCCGGGGACCGGGAAUGUGGAGGCGGGAAUUCCUUCUGGCAGAAUGCUGGAGCCUUUGCCCUGUUGGGACGCUGCGAAAGAUCUGAAAGAACCUCAGUGCCCUCCUGGGGACAGGGUGGGUGUGCAGCCUGGGAGCUCCAGGAUUUGGCAGGGCACCAUGGAGGAAGCCGGUUUGGCUUGGACGCGUGGCACAGGGGUGCAGUCAGAGGGGACUUGGGAAAGCCAGCGGCAGGACAGUGAUGCCCACCCAAGUCCUGAGCUGCUACCCCAAGAUCAGGACAAGCCUUUCCUGAGGGAGGUCUGCAGCCCCAGCAACAUACCUGCCGUCAUCAUUACAGACAUGGGCACCCAGGAGGAUGGGGCCUUGGAGGAGACGCAGGGAAGCCCUCGGGGCAACCUGCCCCUGAGGAAACUGUCCUCUUCCUCGGCCUCCUCCACGGGCUUCUCCUCAUCCUACGAAGACUCAGAGGAGGACAUCUCCAGUGACCCUGAGCGCACCCUGGACCCCAACUCAGCCUUCCUGCAUACCCUGGACCAGCAGAAACCUAGAGUGGGACUCAGCCUGCCUCCCACAGGGAGAAGAAGGGCAGAUCUGCCCACAGGACAGAGGGUUUCAGCAGAUACAGAGCAUGGAUCUGCACGUAUCCAGAUGCCUCAGGCCACCCAGAGAGAGCAUCGUGGGCCUCUUUGCUGCAUGGGGCUUGCUAGGUACUGCUAUACUGUGAAGCACCCAGGCAGUCUGGAGCUGCACGGCCUGCGCAUGAGUCCAACAGGUACAAGCUGUUGUGGGCUUAUAACGUCAGCACCUAAGUAGGAAUUGAAUGCAAUCAAGUUGAGUUACCUGCCUGCAGGUAAAUUAAAUUAAAUCCUCAUUUAAAUUAGGAGACAUGGGUGAGGGCCUAAAGGGGCCAGGACACAGAAUGCCCAGGCUUUCAAUAGGUGAUAGUCUCAAUAGGUGAUAGAGGUGGCACUGAAGGGUGUGGCACCUCCCUGGAAAGGAGCACAGCUGUGGUCACCAGGUGAGGCUGUGGCCUCCAUCGUAAAGGCCAUGUGGGGCGGCAAGUGACCUACCACAGGGCACAGUAAGUCAGCAGGGAGUGACCACCAGGAUUCCUUACUGAAGUUGGAUUCCUCAGCCUCUGCUAUGCUAUCCUCAGAUUCAGAUUCAACUUUUUGUUUUGUUUUGUCCCGCUCUGUUGCCCAGGCUGGAGGGCAGUGGCGUGAUCUUGGCUCACUGCAACCUCUGCCUCCUGGGUUCAAGUGAUUCUAGUGCCUCAGCCUCCCGAGUAGCUGGGAUUACAGGCAUACGCCACCACAACUGGCGACUUUUUUUGUGUUUUUUAGUAGAGAUGGGGUUUCGCCAUGUUGCCCAGGCUGAUCUCAAACUCCUGGCCUCUAAGUGAUCCACCUGCCUCGGCCUCCCAAAGUGCUGAGAUUACAGGCACGAGUCAUCGCGCCGGCCCCCGAUUCACUUUUUAGGAGGGGACAUCUGUGUCGUUUCCAGGUCUGGCUAUUUUGAAUAAAGCAGCUGUGAAUAUUCGUGUACACAUUUUUGUGUGAUGUAAGCUUUCAUUUAUUUGUGAUAACUGCUCAGGAGUGCAGUUGCUGGGUCGUACAGUAGUUGCAUAUUUAUUUCAUUUUUUACGAAACUGCCACACUGCUCUCCAGAGUGGCUUCACCGUUUUACAUCCCACAGCAGUGUAUGAGUGCUGCAGCUUCUCCAUAUCCUUGCUAGCGUUUUAUUUAGUAGCUAAGUAGCUACUUUUAUUUUAGCCACUCUGGUAGGUAUGCAGGUAUACAAGGCCAUCUCAUCGUAGGUUUUUUUGUGUCUUUGUUUUGUUUUUUUUGAGACCGGGUCUUGUUCUGUAGCUUGCCCGGGUUGGGGUGCAGUGGGCAAUCAUAGCGCACUGCAGCCCUGACUUCCUAGGUUCAAGGGAUCCUCCCGCCUUAGCUUCCCAAGUAGCGAUUUAUAGGACAACAGGUGUGCAGCACCAUGCCCAGCUAAUUUUUAAAUUAUUUUGUAGAAAUGGGGUUUCACUAUGUUGCCAAGGCUGGUCUCAAGUCUCCUGGCCUCCCAAAGUGCUGAGAUUAUGGGAGUGAGCCACGACGCCAGCCUUCAUUGUAGUUUUAACUUGCUUUUCUCUUUUUUUUUUUUUUUUGAGAAGAAGUCUUGCUCUGUCGCUCAGGCUGGAGUGCAGUGGUGCGAUCUCGGCUCACUGCAAGCUCCACCUCCUGGUUUCAAGUGAUUCUGCUGCCUCAGCCUCCCGAGUAGCUGGGACUACAGGUGCCCGCCACCACGCCUGGCUAAUUUUUGUAUUUUUAGUAGAGACGAGGUUUCACUAUGUUGGCCAGGCUGGUCUCGAAUUUCUGACCUUGUGAUCCGCCCGCCUCGGCCUCCCAAAGUGUUGGGGAUUACAGGCAUGAGCCACCGCGCCUGACCAACUUGCUUUUCUCUAAUGGCUGGCGAUGUUAAUUUUUCAUUGGCUUAUUUACCGUCUCCUUCUGUGGAAUGAUCUGGCUUAGAAAAAGAAAAAUUCCACAGAGGUGCUAUAAAAACGGGCAGGGUGUCAAAAGCCUUGGCCUCCUGUUUGGGCUUUGCCUCUCAGGGCUUCAGGUGAAGGUGCUUGGUCAUCUCUGAGGUCCCUUCCUGCUCCCAGUGUCCUCUGACUCCAAAAUAGAGUCAUGCCCCUUGGCGAGCAGCCCGGCGGGAGCUAUGGUGCGUAGGAGGCCCGGACGGCGGCCCCUGCCCACAUGCCAUCACCUUCCAGCCCCGUCUCCACAGGAGCUUGCCCAGGCUGACUCACAGGUGCUGUAUUAUUUAAGGAAAGUUGUUUAUUGAUUGUUGGCCCUGGAAAUAAAAAGAAAAACAAAGAAGCAGAUGCAGAGUGUCUCCUUGCCACCUCCCUCUGGGCGCCUCUGAGAUGGUGGCUGAGGACCAGGCCCCACUCUGGGCGAGGCUUCCUUUCUGCCACUGGUGCUUCCCUUUGUCUCUCUGCAGCCUGGGCCUGUGCUUUGGGUUUAGUUUUGCAACACAGUCAUGCUGAAGGUCCCAGAGAUGCUUCCCCUUUUUAUUGUAAUUAAACCAAAAAAGAAACAUGGGGUAUGUAAUUUAGAACUACUCAUAACUGCAUCGAUGGAAGGAAUUUUCUCUUUAAAGCUAGCACUGGAUUUCACCUUGCACCCUAGGCCACUUGCCCAUGUCCUUGUCAUCUUUUAACUCCUGUCUCAGGAGUGGGCAGCAGAAAGUGGUCUUGAGAGUUAAUGGGAUUGCUACUAGUUUGAGUACCUGCUGGAGGGUUUGGUCUCCAUCGAGAAACAGGGGAAGAUGUCAUCUGCUUAAGAAGGUGUUUAUGUUUGUUUUUCUGCCCAGUGACGUACAUGAACCUGGUAGUGUGUGAAAUAAAGCAUCUUAGUCCUCAUUUCAGUGAAUCAGAAGAAACUAAAAGGCAUGGUUGUUUCUCCCUUGGUAUGAUGAAGUCUAUAUAAUAUUUGCAAAAUCUCCUUUGGUGAAUUUGUAUAAACAAUCUAUCACAAAGAAAGUAUUGUUUUCUAUAUGGGCUUAAAGGAUUUUUGGAAAAUGGGCAGAGGAUUUUCCCAUGUAUUCACUGAGCCUGGGGAAUGGAAAUCAUCUCAUGGAGACAGAUGACCACAGGCUUUCCACCCAGUCCCCGUGGCCCACUAGAAUUGUCCAGCAUGUUUCAGUGGUUAUUUGAUUGGGCUCAAGACCAAAGUUGGAACUGAAUCAAAUGAUGGUUUGGUUCAGAAUAUUUUUCCGUUUUGGUACAUUUUGAAAACCUAGGUUUGAUGCUGGUUGCAGUUGUUCAACAGAUUUUUGAAAAAAAAACUUUUGGUACCACACACACUGAGGCCUUUUGGGGGUGGGGGUAGGGAAAGCAUCAGGAUAAAUAGCUAAUGCAUGUGGGGCUUAAUACCUAGGUGAUGGGUUAUAGGUGCAGCAAACCACCAUGACACUUGUUUACCUAUGUAACAAACCUGCACAUCCUGCAUAUUUAUCCUAGAACUUCAAAUAAAAUAAAAAAAGUUUAAAAAGAAAAUAAAAGAGAAGAUUUUUAGAAAAAAAAAAAAAAGAAAAGAAAAAGAUUUUAGAGCCACCGAAUCUCUUUUUAGAGUAUAGGAAGAAUAGAAAUACAUUGGGUAGAGCAGUUUUUGACAGACGAUGAUUUGGGUUUAUAUGAGAUAUACAAAACUAUUCUUACGCAUUUUUACUGCAUGCGACAACUUGGGAUUUCUUAGUAUUUUCCACAUCAACCACACUACUUUAAGUCAUCUGAUUAGAAGUGUAUGAACAUGUUAUAAGCUCAGAAAAUGGCAUGUAAAAGCAAUAGAGGGCCGGGUGCGGUGGCUCACGCCUGUAGUGCCAGCACUUUGGGAGGCCGAGGCGGGCAGAUUGCCUGAGGUCAGGAGUUCAAGACCAGCCUGGCCAACUUGGCAAAACCUCAUCUCUACUAAAAAUACAAAAAUUAGCCGGCCACUAUGACGGGCACCUGCUGUAGUCCUAGCUACUUGGGAGGCUGAGGCAAGAGAAUCACUUGAACCUGGGAGGCGGAGGUUUCGGUGAGCCGAGAUCUUGCUACUGCACUCCAGCCUGGGCGACAGAGCAAGACUCCAUCUCAAAAAUAAAUACAUAAAAAUAAAAGCAAUAGAGUAUUACAGUGUGAAUCAGGAAAUCUUGCACAUUUUGAAGGUUUAAAAUGACUUGGUUUAAUAAAGAAAGAAAACUUCUAAUACCUAGAAAAUUGAUGUUGAAUGGGAAAAAUAAAACAAAAUAUUGCUAUACAAAAACCUCUUGUUACGUUCCUGAGUCAAAACCUGAUAUUUGUGUUUGGCUUGUUUGAAUACAUAAAAUAUAUUAUGGCCAUUGGUGAGUAGUUAGUUCAUGUUGAUUCAAGUUACUUCUCCAGAUAGCAUCAUUGUUAUAAAAUUUAAUUUCCAUGAACUUACCUUCUUCCAGGAUGGUUGUGUGUGUUGAUCUUCUGGUUUCUUAAAUAUUCUGGGUCAGAGUUACUAUACUUGCAUUUGUGCUUCGCAAUGAACUAGAAUAAAUACUUUCUAUUAAAACCAGCACAGGUUUUGCUAAAGAGAAUGCACGCACAGGCCUUGUCUUUUUGCUGCAAGGUAGAGGGUUUUAUCUACUACCUGUGACUAACUAGCUUUCAGGAAAGAGUGAACUAAUGCUUUACUCAUGGAGUUCACAAAUGUUCAUGGUGUACCGGCAGUAGGGAUACAUAUAUAAGCAUAGCUUAGUUCCUACCUUCUAGGGAUUCGAAGUUUACUAGAGGAGGCAGGUUGUAAUCCCUAAUACCUAUUAUGCCUUUAUUAUGUGGUAGGCAUUGAAGGAGAAGUUAAGUGACAUGUCUAAAAUCACAGUAGUAGAAGAGUCAGGCUAUGAACCAAGAUAUUCUUAAGAAUUUCUCAUCGUUGGCAUUUAGGGACAGAUAGUUUUUGGUUGUGUGGGGCUGCUCUGUGUACUGUAGGAUGUUUAGCAGUAUCUCUGGUCAGUAGCACCUCCCCCUAUUUAUGACAACCAGAUGUCUCCAGACAUUGCCAAAUGUCCCCCAUGGGGAGAAUCGCCCCUGAUUGAAAAGCACUGCUCUAGAGCCUGCUCUUGUGCCCACCACCCUCUACUGUCUUCCCAGAUGAGUGAGUGCAAUGGGAGAGAAUAAGCAAGUGUGAAGUCCCAAUUCCUGCUGGCAGCAGAGGACAGAUGCCAACACUACCUAGGGUGGUGGAGAAGAGAAAUAUUCUCAGAUAUGGUGCCAUUGGAGUUAAAUUUUGAAGCGAUUCACGUAGUCAGAGAAAAAGGAAGACUAUCUGGAGUAAAGGGAUGUGUGCGCACAAAAGCACGGCAGCAGGAGGAAGCAGGGCAACCUUGAGGAUGACAGGUAGUUUUCUAUAGACCCUUUUUGAUUUCCUCUUCAGUGCUGUUCUCUUGUUUUCUCUGUUCAGUCAGCAAGCCAGGGUCACAGCAGCUCUACAUGUCAUUCUUACUUCAAAUCAAAGGUGUUGUGUUAGUCAGGAUGAGCUAGGUUAUGUUGCAGUAACAAAGAGCCCCAGAAUUGGCAGCAGAAAACAAGAAAAGUUUAUUUCCUGCUCCUGCCGCAUAGCUGAUCUGGGUCAGCUGUGGUCUCAUGGUGCUGGUUACUGUACAGAGGGAAUGAGAACAUGGCGAAUUACAUACUGACUUGUAAAGCUACAUUCCAGACAAGGAACAUUUAUCACUUCUGCUCACAUUUAAUUGGCCAGGCAAGUCUGCUGUCCUCACCUAAUUUUAAGGGGGCAAGGGAGUAGAGUCCUACCAUGUGCCCAGGAGAACUAGAAAUAUUUGGGGACAGCACUCAGGUGUACCAUAGAUGUCAGAGGCUCAUACCUGAAAUGUUCAGGCACACACAACUCAUCAUCUGCUCUCUGACAGCCUCCUAACUUGGCUUUCAAGAAGGGCCCUUUGCCAUAGACGGUCAAGAUUUUAAAAAAUAUCAAUUAUCUGAGUAAGUCAAGGAAAGUCCUGUGGAACCAGGUCACAAGCCCUCAGUUUUUAGAGUCAGGAUGUUGGGGUGGGAGUGAUGAUAGAACUGAUUGAAGUCAAUAUAGCCUGGAUGUGGUAGAUUGUUUUACGAGGAGGGGUAGUUGUUCAGGACACUGAUUGUUAUCUCAACACCCAGGAUGCUUUCUUUGGCUGUCACUGUAGUAAAAAGAACAGUUUUAAAGCCUGAGCCAAGUGUCAAGCAGCAGGAGGGUGUCCUUCGUGAACUCUGAAUUUAUGGGGCUGUGUCUGAGAGCGAAGAGAUGCCAACAGUAGCGACUGAGAACAUUCUGGAUGAUUUUAGUAAACCCCGAACAAAUUCCUUAUACACCAAGGAGCAUUCUCCUUGUUAGAAAUUCCUCUAGACCACGACUCUGGCCCUGGCCCUGGGGUGAGGAGAUAGAGAGGGUGCCUGGCUGUAGUGGAUCUAAAACGGGAUGACACCGGAAACCUGUGGGGAGGACGCCGUCCUUGUCGCCCCUUGACAGAGGGGGCACAGAGGCCUUAGAGAAACAAAAAUAAAAAUAGCAAUUGUUUGCCACUUCCCUCCCCAAUACAGUGUUCUCUCCAAACCUGGUUUCCACUCUAUUUCUGAACUGUUUCGCCCCAUGGUGUGUAGGGAGCCAGGGUAAAUGUGGGAGUGGGAGGAAGGGGACACAGGCAGCAACUCAAAGGAAGGCAGAAUUAGUAGCCGUCUGGGAACCGGGGGCGGGGGCAUUCUAGAAAUGCGAAGAGGUCGAAUAGCCAGCUGGGUCCAGAGUCUCCUCACCUCUGGUGUCUUAGCAGAGCAUGAGUGUGUGUGUAUGUGUGUUUAUAUGUGUGUAUAUGUAUUUGCACAUGUGCACGUGUGUAUGUGUGUGUGCAUGCAUGUGUGUAUAUGGGUAAGUGUGCAGUGUAUGUGUGUUUAUGUGCAUGCAUGCAUGUAUGGGUGCAGAUAUGUGGGUGUGUAGAUAAGUGUGGGUGUGCACAUGCGUACACCCACGGGAGGGGUGCGAUGGAAGUUGUGUGCAGCUGCGUGAGCGUUACUGACCAUCCUGUGGUUUGCUGAUAGCUGCUUAAUCUGGGUUGUGUGUUUCCUCCCUCCCCCAGCAGACACUCAGGGCACUCCGUGAUGCACGGGGACGCUAAUAUUUUCACACCUGCAAUCUGUAUUGUUCUUUUCUCCUUCGGAGGGCAAUAUUGCCCUUCUGGGUGCUUAAGCAGGAAACACAGGACCAGAUAAUUUAAGAGGAGCCUUAAUGCUCAGGGCCAGAACAGACAGACUGGCCUGAACAAGGUCACAGGCCGUCCAGGGAGUGUAGGGCUAGGGCAAUGCCAGCCCACUUCCUCCCAGGCAAGCGCUCCCUUCACGGUGGCCACCUUCCCUUCAACGCCUUUGUUUCCUGGCUGUAAAAUGGGGAUGUUGCAUACAGCUGUGUAGGAAGUGUUUGCAAGUGCCCAGGCUCUGGGAAUUUGAGUAAAGAAGGCCCUUUGUCAGUGGUGCACAUAGCCUUGGCUUUCUUCACCUUAUCAGUUGUCCAUUCAGUUGGAGUAGCUAUGAACACCCACUUACCCUUCACGUAUCCUAGGAUCAGGACUGUGCCUGCAGUGACCACGAAGCCUGGGGAGCCAGAUGGCUAUGGACCUCACAAGGGCCUGCCAGUUCCCAGGAAGGGGGUCUGGGCUGUCAGGACGGGGGGCAGCAGCAGGACUCAGAGAGAGGGGUUGCCUUGCAGUGAGCCCUGCCCAUCUCUAGUGCGGUGGGAAGGUGGUUUAAACCCUGCCCUUACCCCAUGCUCUGAGGUCUCCGGAAGACACAGGUGCUAUAUAUAAAACUAAGACUAUUAUCUCACUCUUGCUAAGUUUCCACCCUCGCGGCUUACUGUACACCACCGGGGAGAACAUUUCCUGAAGCCCUUCUCCCGGAGCUCUGGGGCCAGGGUGAGGGACGCCUUCUGAGAGAAAAACCUUCCCCACAGGGAGGCCUUUUGCAGAAUGGGGAGGAGAAUAAAAAUGUCCAGGCAAAUGCCCAGCCUCAUCCUAGCGAGGUUCCCACUAGCUGAGGUGGGGACCAACAUGGUACCAGCCUACAGGGAAGCCCCUCAUCUUCCCCCUUUUGCCUUUUAUUUAUUUUUUUGAGACAGAGUCUCGCUCUGUCGCCCAGGCUGGAGUGCGGUGGCGCGAUCUCGGCUCACUGCAAGCUCCGCCUCCCGGGUUCACGCCAUUCUCCUGCCUCAGCCUCCGGAGUAGCUGGGACUACAGGCGCCCGCCAACGCGCCCGGCUAAUUUUUUUUUUGUAUUUGUAGUAGAGACGGGGUUUCACCGUGGUCUCGAUCUCCUGACCUCGUGAUCCACCCGCCUUGGCCUCCCAAAGUGCUGGGAUUACAGGCGUGAGCCACCGCGCCUGGCCUUUGCCUUUUAACAUGGAGUCUCUGGGUCAGGGAUGGAUGUGGUGGUGAGGGAUGCUAAGUAUGAGCAGACACCCUAGUGGGUUCAGCUCAAACUCCAGAGGGGAUGGGGAUGGGCAACACUCCUGAGGAACUUCUGUUCAGCACUCGUCAUGGCCAUGACAAAUGAUGGGAGGUCCAGGUUGGGAGGUUUCCAUUUAAGCGUUGGUUCCUUGCGAUUUCCCUGGGCAGUUUUUUCAAACAACCCAUGAUCGUCAUUUUCAGUAGAACGAUCCCCAUUGUUUGGGACUGUCCGGCACACUGAAGGUCACUGAGCAUCUGGGCAUCUGGGCCCUGGAGCACUAUUUGCCAUCGUGCAACAUACACAACACACACACACACUCUCUCUCUCUCUCUCUCUCUCUAAACACCCUCUAGGGCUGGAGGCAGGUACUGCAUCUGGUUAGGAACCACUGUAAGGAAUUAUUUACCUUGGCAACAUCUCAAGAGGAUAUCGAAUUGGAGUCAAAGGAUUUUGGGGAGGUGGAGUAGGAAGGAGGUAGAGGAUGUUAGGCUGAGAAAUGUCCUGUCAGCUUGGACAGGGUAUUGGCCUAAUUUUUUUAAGUGAAGAAGUUUCAUUUUUUUUGUCCUAUUUAUGAGCACCCAAUUGACUGAGCACUGUGAGUUAACUGGAGAAUCUUGUGCAUUUUGUUUGGUUUUGUCUUCAUUCUUUCUUAAUAAGAAUGUUUUACUAAGAUGUCUCUUAAUAAGCACUAUUACCUGUGGGGCCAGCUUCAUGAAUGCAGUUGCACAGGCCGCAUGCUCAGAGGGUCCCCGCUUUUGGGGUUGAAUGCCUGGCCGUUGCUGCCUUGAAAUUCAUAAUAAUUCUUUGAGUUGGUGUUUUGUAAGUGAAGUCCAGUGGGACAAUGAAGCAUGAAUUCCCUGGGCUCCAGCCCCACCUGGCUUCCUUCUCUCCACCCCUGGCAACUACUGACUCUUCUGAUCCCAUCAGGGGCCUGGGUUAAGGUUCAGGGAGGGAUAGGGUUGGCAUCACUGGUGUCCCAAGGUAGGGUGUGGUGGCCAUCCCCACCCCAGGCUGGCAGGGCCAAAAAGUGGGCAACUCCAUGAGAAUCCAGCUCACUCUGGAUCCAAAUACCAAGCGUGUCCCAGCACGAGUGUGCAAUCGCUUUGGGUCUGCCCAGGCAGGUGUGUGGGAAGAGGAGACCCUCUCUGCUCCUGGCCCAGCACCCUGUAGAGGAAGGCAGUAGACACUUAAGAGUGGCCAGAGUCAAGGGGUGGGAUCCCAGAGUCUUGUGAGACUCUGCACUCAUUAAAUAGCAAAUAAGAAACACUGUAUCAAGUUGAGAGAAACCCUGCAGAAGAAAGGAAGGAAACAGUUUAUUUUAGUACCUUUUAUGGCACUUUUUUCCUGCCUUUUGAAAAAGGGCGCUGCAUUUUUACUUUGCACUGGGCCCUGAAACUUACGUAGCUGGCCCUACUUGCUUACUUCAUUGCUAUCUGCGGUUUCUGUUUAUUUUCUGUCUCCUGUUUCUAAAAAGAAAUAACUAGUUAAAAGGGCUCACCAUGAACACAGGUGCUUCCAUUUGUUUCCCCCUUUCUGUUCUUCUGAGGGACACGAUCACCAGCCAGUCACCAGCUGCCCCACCCCAGACUUCUUUUCCAAUGCUACUUAUUAGCACCGCACUUUCUGAAGGAGGCCAUGAGUCAGGGGAGAGGAGACGGGGGCAGGGAAGACAGAUUUAUCUGUCACUGGGAUGUGGGUGAAUUUUGUAGUGGGUGGGUUGUGAAUCUUCCCAUUGGGGAGUGAUUUCUUCCCAGGUAGUUAUGAGCUAGUGCUGGCCCCAGGCAGGAUGCUGUCAGGAUACUAGACAGGGAACCAUAAAGCAAAGUUCCAAGAAAUGAAGCUCUGCUCUCAUCAGCAAGCUUUAUUAAGGGACUCUUUUCAAGCGGAGAGAUAGUGCUGCACCAAACAAGUUAAGCACUGUCCUUGGGCAGGAGUAUCAUGCCGUAAGACAUGGCCCAAGGGAGAAUGACAGUGAGGAAAUGUAACUGCAGGUCAGGUGGGCCUGUAGACAGGGUCAGGUGAGGGCUAGGCCCUGCCCACUGCCGCUUCUCACCGUUGGGCCCUAGUCAUGGAAGUUUCAUGUUUAGACAAAGGAGGGUCAGGGAAAUCUUCUGCUUUAUCUAGGAAGUUCUUGUUGGGGGGAAGUUGGAUGCCAGGAGCCACUGCACCUGCCUCUACCCUAGUCCCCUCCACAGCCUGCUGCAUAGUUUCCAAGUGUCCCAGUACCACAGUGACACCCACCCCACCCAUACAUUUUAAGUGUUAGCCACUUCUUGUCUGUUACUAUAAAAUGCACAUCAGACAUUCCUAGACCCAUUGGAGACCUGGAGAGGCCAGACACUGGACAUCCUCCUACCACUGGGCCAGACACACCCAUGGCAGCCCAGACAGGCAGCCCAGGGCAGGGGAGGCCAUCGCUGUUUCUGGAUGUUCCUAGCCUGGUGCCUCACCAGGGAGGGGGUGCAGCCAGAAUAAAGGCAUGGGACAUACUCAUGCUAAAAAGUCACUCACUGUUUAUAUAAAAUCCAAACGUAACUGGGCAUCCUGUACUUUUUCUGGCAGCUCUAACCCAGAAGGCAAUAUUGUCACAGCCUUUGUGAAAUGGGUGAAUCCAGAAAGGAGAUAGCUGGUGGCCCAGAGGCCUCUGGAGGUCCCCUAUUGAGGGGCCAGACGUCUGGGGCUCUGCUGCCCACUGCUGCCACCUGCUUGCUGUGCCAUCUGGAGUUGUUCUGAGACCUGGUGUAGCUCGUGUUCACCAGUAUCUUCUUCCAUCUCUUAGGCUCUCCCCCAGAAUGGAAUACAGUGAGGGGCCUGGCAGAAUCCUGGCCUAGGGCAGCAUGGCCUGCCAGGCCUCCAUCAGAAAGCUGCUCAGGUUCCCUGCCUCAUGAGUUAAGAUGCCGUCAGCUGCAAGUAUCAGAAAACUGCAACCCAGUAGAGUUGAACAAUAAAGAAAACACAUUCUUUCACCUUAAUCAGUAAGUCCCAGCACAGGCAGUUCUAGCACUGGCUAAUUCAUCAGCACAGCAGAGUUACUGAAAGACCUGUGUCCUCUGCAUCUCUCUGCCCUGUCCCACAACGUGUUGACUCAUCUUUCCUCGUGGUUGCCGGAUGGGUGCUGCAGGGCCUCGUGUCCUGUGUGGACAUGAUAAUAUCCCUUGGAGGAAAAAGAGGGGAUGGCUCUUCAUGGUGUCUAAGGCCGAGACAUCUUUUUCAGAAGGCUCCCAGCAGACAUCCCCUGUGUCUCAUUGACCAGAAUGUCUCACCUACUUGUUUGUGCCUAAGUCAGCCUCUGGCAUGGGAGUGGCUUAUAACAAUUAGUAUUGACUCUGGGAGUAGCUCCAAGGAGCAUACAUUUGGGUGGGUCUCAAUUAGGUCCCUUGAACUGUUCCCUACCUCAUUCUACCAACGGUUUGAGGCAGGUUUGAUUUAUUUUUUCUUUGUUCUUUUUGGUUUUUAACAAAAACUUAAACAUUACAGAGAAAGAAGCUAAUGAUAACCACGACUAAAUAAUGAUAACCACGACUAAAUAAAUGAUUUAACUCAUUCUAGGUAUUUACAAUCCUUGUAAAUCCAAUUUGGUCUUUGACCAGUUGCCUAAUUUUGUUUUACAACUGAUUGUACUAGUUUUAUCUUUUAUUGUUUUAACGUCAUUGCAUAUAGUAAUGAACUGUGUGGUCUGAUUCCUGAGUGUGAACUUUCAGCUACUACAUCAUUUAUAUCAUCUUACUCCUACCUUUGGGUGGGUAGUUUCCAUAUUUUGUUGCAGUUAUUGCCAUAUGCAGCCAUGAGCAUUUUUGUUAAAAUGACCUCUUUUCUUCUCCCUUUAGUGACUUCCUUGGGAAGUGUUCCCCUCAGUGGUACUGCUGGGGCAACGUCCAAUACCAAGAAUGAUGUAUAGCAUAUUUCAUCUUCCCACACUACUCUCUGGAAAGCCUGAGCCAAUUACGGGGUCAUCUGCAAAGUCUAAGUGCUGCAGUUUCCCUAUGACCAUUGGAUUUUGUUUGUAAUUUGAUAUUGUCUUACUGUCCCUUAAAGUUGUAAUUUGUAAUUAUUUAGUUUUCAAGAGGGACUCUACAUGUUUCCUUGUGAUGAUGACCUUUAGUUACUCAUGUGUACACUACCUAUUUAUCCCCAUUAAGCCACCAUUGCCUGAACAUGUUGAUGGCAUUUUUUAUAUAGUAAGCUGUCAGUUACUUAAUGUACAAAUAUUUUUCCAUUCUAUGUUUUUCUCUUAAAUUUUUACUUUAUUGGCCAGGCGCAGUGGCUCACUUCUGUAAUCCCAGCACUUUAGGAGGCCAAGGCGGGCAGAUCACCUGAGGUCAAGAGAUCGAGACCAGCCUGGCCAACACGGUGAAACCUGGUCUCUACUAAAAAUACAAAAAUUAGACAGGUGUGGUGGCGGGCACCUGUAAUCCCAGCUAUUUGGGAGGCUGAGGCAGGAGAAUUGCUUGAACCCAAGAGGCGGAGGUUGUGGUGAGCCAAGAUGGCACCACUGCACUCUAGCCUGGGCAAAAGAGCGAAACUCCAUCUCAAAAAAAAAAAAAAAAAAAUUGCACUUUAUAUGGCAAUAAUGUUUUUAUUCUGAAUUAUUCUAUUAAGUCCCUUUUUUCCCUUGUGAAAUUGUUCUUAAUUGCGCUGGCCUGGAAAUAGAGCCCAUAUGGUACUGGAGGGUGAUGAUUUUUCAUAAUUUUUCUUGUGCAGUCCCUAGAGGAUUGAACUAUGCCUCAUUCUGUGGACUGGACUUUUUGGAAACCCCUUUUUGAGCCCCCAGGAAGCAAUCUGGCUGAGAGCUGAUGCCUGGAUGCUAGCCAGCUGGCUGCUGGCCAUAUCCAGCCACCCCAGUCCCCUGGCCAUCUGUACACCUCAGCAACAGAGUGGCAACUGACACACCCAGGCCCAGAAAGCCAGACAGACUGGCGGCUGGAAACUUCAUGGAAUCCUUGUAAUUAGAAAUGGAAAAGACCUGUUAGCUCGAGUGGUAUCCUCCUCCUCCUCCCACAGGCCCCAACCAGCUUUAGAAGGUGACAUAUAAUUUGCCCUGUCACCUGGAGCACUCAAUUGAGUUGUCUGGGCCUUAUCUGUGAAAUCCAAGAGCUGGACCAAAUCAGUGGUUUUUAACCCCUUUUGGGUCUUAUGCCAUUUUGGAAAGUGGUAGAAAGCCACACACCCUCCUUCCAGAGAGAGGCACAUUUCACAGGCCAUUUUGCCCUUUCAGGACAUUGAUAACAAGAAGCCUGUCUAGAUCCUAGCCCACAGUCUUCAGGUUUGGAACCCAAAGACUUGUUGAUCUCUGAAGUCCCUCUCAGCUCAGAAAACCCACAUUCUAGAAAGUUUUCUGUCAAGGACCCUAGGUACAGAAAUGGGUAAAAGGGAGUCUCCUGUACUUAACUUGGACGAAACCAUUGUCCAGCCCAAUGGGUUUCACUAUCAAGUAUUUUUAUUUAUUGUUUUACCAUUUAUUAUUUUCCAGGAUUGAGUUCGACUUUGUGGUACCACGUUCUUUCCCAUCAUCUGAAUCUUUCUAAAUUUCGUACUGCCUUUGAUUGAAACAAUUGAACUCUUACAGGUUUGUGGAGUGGAAGUGGGAUUUACGUGGUUUUGACCUUCACCUCACAGGAAGGGAGAUCAUCUUUCGGUAAUUCCCAGCAGAUAUUAGCCUCUGCCUGCUGACCCUCAGCCUCCUCUUCCAGCCCUUUAGCAGCUUGGAAUAAGAGGCAACAAACUGCAUGGGUUGAUGUUUAUGUGAACAUAUGGGUGCUUGGGAGUUGGAAGAUGUGGGGGGAAUCCGUUCUGAUGGCUCUACAAGUGCUUUCCCAGCACUCUGGGCUUGCGUGGUUCCCAGGGCCUUCAGAGUUUCUAAUUCCUCAAAUGACCUGCCUGACAGGGAGUCCUAAGAAAUGAUUCGGGCCUCAAAGAUCUGUCCUCAGGGGUCAGGAGAAAAUGUGCAGUAUAAGUUGAUAUAGCUGGAGAGGGGAUGCCUGCAACCUCCAGCUGUGGAGGCCAGCCUAGCCUCCUGGAAUGGGGUGGAGGCAGUCACAGAUACAAGUCUCCUUGGUGGGAAAUUGAAGGUAUUCAGGCCCGUAUGUGCCCAUAGGCACAUCUGCAUAUUUGGAUUUGACCCAGGAAGCUUGGGGAAGGAGGGAGAAAAUCAGAAGCUUUGACAUCUUUUUUUUUUUUUCUUUCUUUGAGACGGCAUUUUGCUCUUGUUGCCCAGGCCGGAAUGCAAUGGCAUGAUCUCGGCUCACCGCAACCUCUGCCUCCCGGGUUCAAGUGAUUCUCCUGCCUCAGCCUCCUGAGUAGCUGGGUUUACAGGCACACGCCACCACGCCUGGCUCAUUUUGUAUUUUUAGCAGAGAUGAGGUUUCUCCAUGUUGGUCAGGCUGGUCUCGAACUCCCGACCUCAGGUGACCUGCCCGCCUUGGCCUCCCAAAGUGCUGGGAUUGCAGGUGUGAGCCACCGCGCCUGACUGACAUCAGUGUUGUUUCUGGACUCUCCUCUCUUCCUCUGGCCAUCAGAAUGUUUAUGGAAAAAUGUGAGAUGAGGGAUAAAGGAAUUAGCACCUAAAUACUUUACAUAAUGUUAGGAUGAUUUUGCUGUGUGGGAGAGUGGCCUGAAUGUGGGGAGCCUUUGAGUAACUGACCUAUAACUUUUCUUAGGCCCUUCUGGUUUUAUCCCAGUUACUGAUGCUGUUCUUAUCUCCUACCUAUUCUGGAAUUCAUCUCUGAACAUUUAAUACAUUUGGCCAAGCAAGAGCAAUGCUGUUGAUUUUUUUAAAAAGUACAAGCUUUUGCCAGUACUUCUUUCAAGUUCUAAAUUUUAUGAGGAGUUUGUUCCACUGUGCAAAGGAGCCUCUGACUUUAAGUCAUUCCAGCUCAAGAUUUCAAAUGAAGUCGAGGCUGUGUGUAGUCACAGGUUUUCUCAUGUCAUCGGUAGAGAUAAAAGCCUCUUAGUUUUAGACUGGGCACAGCAUUGUUGAACGUCCAUUACUUACUGUUUAAGUAGCCAAUGAUCUCUGAAAAAAGCUUGGCUGUAAAGUUGGCAAAAUGAUGCACUGCUUUGUUUCAAGCCACUGUAAACUGUCUUUCCCAGUGUCACUUUUAUCUCCAGUGCUUUUGUCACAUCUUUUUGCUCAUUUCCCCAGAGGGGAAAAAUACUGCAUUCCCAGAAUGACAAUUUUCAUUGCUGCCCGCUCAAUUCAGUUUUUCAUAAAUGCCCAGAAAAUAAACUAGCUGAGUUCUUCUCCAUUCUCACACAUCUUCAUUAGCACACACGAGAAGCUUUUUUACAGGGAAUUCUCACGUUGACCAGGUAUGAUAACCUGUUGCAAUGUGGGUAGCCUUGGUUAUAUUAAUGUUUUGAAAGAUAAGUCGUGUUAUUACUUUCUUGGUCAUGUAUAAUUACAUCGGAGAUCUAAUUAUUGAGAGUUAACAACGCUUUGUAAUUGGUA